AAAUCAUAGAUGUAAAAACUGAUCAAGGCCUAAGUGACCUUUGAAACUGUGCUGCUAAACCUCCAACUCUCAUAUCUGCACUUGAUAAAGGUUAUACAUGAGUGAGGUUCACAAACAACGCAACUGAAAAUAACAAAAUAAGGCAUGUUGUCCUUCAUUUCCUGGUUUCUGCCGAGUGUUCCUACUUGGCUAACACCAAGUGCUAUUCCUUUACAUAGUGUUUUACAAGGGCUCGUGGGUGCUUGUGGAAUCUGGGUUCUUCGUAACCUUUUAAAAACGUAUUUGUUUGUUGAGGCACAGAGUAUCGCAGAUCCUGAAAAAGACAUCAAACGACGGAACAGACUAAAUGGUGGACUAACAGAGAAAAUUCAGUUCUGGAUCCUAACAGUGGUUCUUUCAGUUGUGGGGUCUCGCGUUGCAUCACUGGUAGUGUUGGAGUUCUCUCUUAGAGCCAUUUCAGCCAGGAUCACAGGAGGAUCAGACUCAAUAAAUGACCCACUGUUACUGCUGCUUGUCCAGUGCCAGUUCUCCCUGGGCUGCGCACUAACCUGCAGCCUUAAUUUCCUCCAUGAGGGGGCACCACAAGGCUGGUUAAGCCUCCUCCUAGCAGUUGGACUGAGCUGGUUCUUGGCAAGCCUGUGCAGUAGAGUAUGGCGACAUGUGAAUACAAUGUAUCCAAUACAUAGUACACAGCGCUAUUGUGGACUUUGCAUUGGACUGUUAACCACUGGCAGUUCUAUAUUAACCUGGCUUUGCAGUGCCCUAAUUAUAACUUUUAGUGUAUCUGGAAUUGCUGCUAUAUCAAACAUAAACCAACACUUUCUAUCAACCUCUGAGGCUCUGAGAUUUUGGACCCCACUCACAAUCUGCUACACUCUGCUGGUUGUUUACAUGAAUGAAGAUCGACAUCAUCCGCCUGGCCAGCAGAUUCUCAAUACAGUUGUUGUGCGACUGGGUGGGCUUUUUGUGUUACUGAUUACAGUGGGCAGCUGGUCAGAUGUACUCCAUGUUGUAAUCUGCUUCACUGGUGAAGCUGCAUGCCUGUUUACAUCUCAAGACCUUUUGGAAGCCAUAUAUCAGCAUGUCACCUACGUUCCUAAAGGCCCAUUAAAAAGACCUGGAAAUCAGGGAGAACUAAGGAAUUUCGAAAGGAAACUGGACUAGGCUUGGAUGAAAACAAACUUGACCUAUAUGUAUAUAUACACACAAACACACACACACACACACACACACACACACACACACACAAAAAGUACA